AUGGCAAUUAUAAAAAAGCGAGCAAGAAGAAGGGAGGGGGGAGCAGAUUCCAUGCCUGCUGUGCAUACCCAUGAACAGACGAGUGUUAGUGAGGAGGAGCCUAUUGAGGCCAUCCCUGUGAGACAAGUUCCUUUUGCCAAACCAACACCUGCACCAUUCACUAAACCCCAGACUCAAGCUUCUGUGAUGGUUAAGCCUGAACCACAAACUAUCCCUCAAUAUCAGUCCGGCCCUCGAAUGACAAGGAGCAGAGCCAAGGACCUGAUUAAUUUCAAGCCUGUGAAGCAACCAGAGGGGACUGUGUUUGAUAUAUCUGAUGGGAGUGAUUUGUUACCUGAAAGUCCUGAGGCUCAAACCAAUACACCCGAAGCAUCACAAGCAGACAAUACUUCAUUGACUAUGUUGGCAGAAGCUACAACCAAGAUGAACAAGCAGAGCAUGCCUUCAACAUUCACAGAAAGGCUCCAAGAAGGUUUAAAAGUUUCUGUACCCUUAACUAGAGAUUUAUUAUCUGGUUUCCCUGUUUAUCCACAGGCUAGUGUUGGGUUCAUAAAAAGAUCUGUAGAUGAGGCUAUUGCAGCCUCAAAUGAAGCAUUAGGUUUAAGAUCAGAAAGAUGUACACCCACCAUGUCAAUGGUCCACUCUCAGUCAUCCAUGGAUGUUCAAACUCCAAAGAAGGGAAGCUCAUCCCUUAAACAGUAUGUUGAUGCUGCUUUGGCAGCUAUGGACAAAGCAAUUAGAAGAGAACCAGAGUGUACAACAGCCCCUGUUCAACCAACUGUCCCUACCACACAUGCACACCCUUUCUUUAGAAACAAGCCCACUGAGUUCAAUUUUUUGAACCCCUCACACUUCACCAAUAUACCUAUUUCAUCAUCAAACAUAGAACCUACACUACUCAAGCAUGCAUCCACAUCUAGAACAGCACCUGUUGGAACAGUAUAUAAACCAACCCCUGUCCGAGAAAUGCCUAACACAUCCACCAUUGAACCUACCCCUGUUACAACCACCACAAGCCCUCUACCCUCACCAAACCAUCCCACAACCACACCUUCCACACCUACUGAACCCAUCCCUCUGCCAGAAACUGUAUCUAUCCAAGAAUUGGAUUUUGUCCUAGGCUUAUCACCCUCUAACCCCAGCCUCACACCAUUUGAACAUAACGAAGACCCCUCUGACCCUCAAAACACACCAGUUACUCAAACACCACCACCAUCAACACAUUCCACUCAACCUAACCCAAACCUACCCCCUAGCCCUGUACACUCUAGGACUCAUAAUUAUUAUGAGGGUGCACCUGUGCAUGGCAGCCCAAAAAUGGAAAAUGAAAGAGAUGAGGUGGAUACCGGGGCCAGUUUGAAAAGAAAGAUGCCAAGAAGAAAGAGAGUAACCAGAAUGGAGACAAGAUGCACAAAGAGGAGAAGAGAAGAAAGUGAUAGGUCUGAGGAAGACGACAGAGCACCAAGAAGGAGAAAAAGGACUGAACAGGAGUUUGAAGAUGUGUCUGGUAUUUAUCUGAAACCCAAACAUUUGUUCAGUACACCCCUUGCUAGAAAAACAUACUUUCAGUAUUCUGAAAAGUGGGGGUGA